AUGGGACACUGUUUUGAUGGGGGAGCAAAUGAAUUCCGAAAAGUUCUAUGCAAGUACGCCGUGGAACGUGGAUUCCAAUUCAAGUAUGUUAAAAAUGAUUCGGUUCGAAUUACUGCUGUGUGCAAGUUUGCAGGGCAGACAUGGUGUAUGUGGUCAGUUCACGCGAGGAUGUUACCAUCAACGGGGGUGUUAUGCAUUAAGAGGUUCGAUAGUGUGCACUCGUGUGGUGCUGCUAUGCGAACUUAUAGGAACCCGCGUACGAGUUUUGAUUUGGUGUCUACUGUUGUUGCGGAUCGGGUGCACGAUCAACCAUUGACCCGUCCUACAGAUGUGGUGUUCGAUCUGAGAAAUGAAUAUGGAUUGGAGAUUAGUUACCGUGUGGCAUGGUUGGGUGUUGAGAAAGCGAGGAGUGAAGUGUAUGGGGAUCAUGCUAUGUCGUUUGACCAACUUAGGUGGUAUAGUGUUUCCGGGAGAUUCAAAGGUAAUUUGCUUGCCGCUACCGCGAAAGACGACAAUCAAGGAUUAUUUCCUGUGGCAUUUGCUGCUGUUGAUUCCGAGAAUGCAGCCAAUUGGGAAUGGUUUCUAUGGAAUUUGAAACAAGUUGUCAAUGGUGGCCAAACAUUAAUGUUCAUAUCUGACCGUCACAUUGGACUGUUGCAGUGUUUGCCAAACGUAUUUCCGUCGACACAUCAUGCAUAUUGUUUGGUGCAUCUCCAAAUGAAUUUACGUGACCGCAUGAAAUAUGUUAAUACAUCACAGAAGUUUGGGUUGAUGCGCAAGUUGCUUGAAUGCGCGUACGCGCCCACUGUUAAUUGUUUCAAUGAGAAGAUAGAAGUACUCAAGAAGUGUAGCCCGACUGUGAUUGAAGGUUUUAUCAAGGACUUGGACCCCAAACAUUGGUCUAACGCGUAUUUCAAGUAA